ACGCCGCUUUCCUGAGUCACUCAUCGGAAUUUGUCAAAAUAAUUUUGCUCGUUCCCCUCACUCAGUCAAAUAAUCGUUUCGCGAAACAUCAAUAAACCAUUCAUGACUUCUCUCAUAAUGUUGUCAAGUUAAGGUUAAGUCAUUUUAGUAAUCGUCAAAUUCGAUGGUUUAAAGUGUCGAAAUGGCCGAUUUGAUACGCGCAGGAAGCGGACAUGGGGCUGUGCUGAAAGAUAAGUUGGGCUCGCCGAGCACCGGAAGUGAGGAUGGCAACGAGCAAGACACCCAGGGGGCCACCAAGGCCGAGCCUGACGAGACCGACUUGGGGGACUCUGCCCCGUUUGCCCCCUCGGAGACGCUGUGGUACCACGGGAGACUGGACAGGUACCAGGCCGAGGAGCGUCUGUGGAUUUCCAACAAACUCGGGAGUUAUCUAGUGAGGGAGAGUGACCGGAAACCGGGCUCCUAUGUGUUGUCCUUUUUGGGGCGCACUGGGAUGAACCAUUUUAGGAUUACGGCCGUUUGUGGCGAUUUUUACAUAGGGGGGAGACAGUUUGUGUCUUUGAAUGAUCUGGUUGGAUAUUAUACGGAAAAGAGUGAUCUGUUGAAGAGGGAACGGUUGGUACAUCCGGUGCCACCUCCGGAGCCAGUUAAUGAUAAAAAGAGGGUGGUCGCAAUUCUGCCCUACACGAAAAUGCCGGACACCGACGAGCUAACAUUCAAAAAAGGCGAUAUUUUCUUCGUCCACAACGACAUGGGCAACGGCUGGUUAUGGGUUACAGCCCAUCGAACGGGCGAACAAGGAAUGAUUUUCCGGGAAUUGGUGGAAGAUCUGGAUGACAGCAUCGAUCCGAAUACGGUUUUUCCCUGGUUUCAUCCCAACUGUACGAAAAACGAAGCUGUCGAUUUACUCGUCAAAGCCGGUCCUGGAAGUUUCCUCGUGCGCCCCAGCGACAACUCCCCCGGCGACUACUCGUUAUUUUUCCACAUAAACAAUCAAAUCCAACGAUUUCGAAUCGAGAAAAAAGGAGUACGCUACCUUAUGGGGGGCCGCAUUUUCGAAUGUCUCGAUGCUGUCAUCAACCGAUAUCGAAAGGAGCAAAUCGUCGAAGGAUACACAUUGCAACAUCCUUUGGUCGUCGACGGGAGCAAACAACUAGAUUGGGUACCAGAUAAUCCAAAAGUCAAAUCUGAAGCUGAGAAAAUCUACGCCACUUUGCGUGAAUGUCGUGACCAAGCCGGCUUGAAAAAAAUGCGAGGUAUCAAACAUCAAGGUUUUCUACAUCGAAAAUCGGAUAAAGCGGCCAAAAAGUGGAAACUUUUGUAUUUCGCAUUGGUGGUCGACGGGACCGAUACGCAUCUUUAUUUGUACGAAAACCCCAAAAGGACGAAGCCCAAAGGCCUCAUCGACCUCUCCUGCGCCUAUCUCUACCAGGUCCACGAUAGCCUGUGGGAGCGCCCCCAUUGUUUGCAAAUCGUGGAGCGCGCUCUUCCCUGUCUUGCGACGGUUACUCAUCUCGCAGCGCCCUCUACCGAGGAGUGUCAAGGAUGGGUGAACGCCUUAAAACCUCUCUGUGUUCCCCAAUUGAGUCGGGCCACGUGUAAAGUACCCCGACUUCGUGAAUUACGAUGUUUGACUUUACAUAUUUUGGACGCUCACAGGCUGCCAUAUAAACUAGUGCCACAACCAUACGUUACCAUACAAUUCAAUAAUCAAGUGAGAAUUGCCAGGACGAGGGCCAAGUCCGGUCCUGAUCCGGUAUGGGACGAGGAGUUUGUUUUUGAUGAUGUGCCAUGUGAUGUAGUUUCUUUUACUUUGACUGUACAUAAUAAAGGGAAGCGGGGGAAAGACACGGAAGUGGCUGAACUUCAUGUCGACUUGGCAACGUUGGGGAAUGGAGAGGAGAAGGAGGAGUGGUAUACUUUGUCAGGGUUGACGCCUAUGGGGGAGUGGGGAUCGCUUAGGUUAAGGACGAGAUAUUUGCACGAUUUGGUGAUGCCGGCCGAAGAAUACAGCCCCUUGCAGCAGUUACUCCUGCAGCCGGGCCUGGCUUCGGUCAAGACCCUAGCCGAGAUGUCUCACGCAGAUCGGGCCCCCCUGGCGACGGCCCUGUUGCGAGUUUUCAGGGCUGAGGGCCGCGAAACUGAACUUUUAAUUGAGUUGAAUUCGGCUGAAAUCGAACGUGAAACUGAAACAUCGACGUUAUUCCGUGCCGCGUCACUUUCCACCACUUUGAUGGAUUUGUACAUGAGGGCAGAAUGUAGAGGUUUUCUGCACGCUGCUGUUCUCGAAACGGUAUUACGUUUAUUGGACAGUAAACAAAGUGCGGAAUUGAAUCCGGCGAAAAUGGAUUCGUUGGAUGAUGCGUGCAGUAAUGCCGAGUUUUUGUUACAAGUCUUGGAUCAGGUGGCUUUGAGUAUAUUCAUGUCAGCCGAGGCAUGCCCCCGUUCAGUUCGUUACAUCUGUGGCUGUCUCCAAAAGGUAGUGGGGGCGAAAUGGCCAGAUGAGCGCCAUGUCCGGGCUAGAGUCGUUUCCGGUUUCAUUUUUCUACGUCUUUUAUGUCCCGCAUUGCUCAACCCGAGACAAUUCGGGCUUGUCAACGAACAACCAUCACCUUCGGCCACCAGAAGCCUCGUCAUGGUUGCCAAAUGUCUGCAAAAUCUCGCCAAUUUGGUCGAAUUCGGCGGAAAAGAGCCGUACAUGGAGGUGGUGAACCCGUUUAUUUUGAAGAACAAGGAGCGCAUGGUGGUGUUCCUCGACCACUUGUCGAACGUUCCCGACCCCGGGGAGCCCCGCCUAAUUAGUAAACCUGAUACUGCCAAAGAAUUAGCGACUCUGCACCAUAUCUGCGUUGCGCACCUUUCCGAAUUGCAGGCGGUGGCGAAGGUCAAUUCCAAUAUUAAGACUUUGGUCACCGUUACCGAAAUGUUGGCUACACACAAACAAAAGUAUCUCGAGAUGAUAAGAUAGUAGUUAGGUUGAGUUGGGGGUUCAGUGGGGGUUUUCAAAAUUUCGAUUUUGUACUUAGAUUGAUAUCGGGGAUUGUGGCAUUUAGUUGUUGAAAUGAACACCACUGAUUAUGCUGUAGGAUGUGUACACAUAGGUUGGUUAGCAUGUGAUGUGCUCUCUUAUAGUAAUCAAAAUCUAGACUGUAUUAUUUUUUAUUACAAGACUGUCAUUAAAAAAAGUAAAUUCUAAGUCAGUAGGUUGCCUAUCGUGGAACAGUUAGUUAUUAAUCGAUUUCAGUGUCAAACUUCUAUCCAAUAUUUUUAUUUAUUUACACGUUGACUGAGACAGGAGUUUCAUAUUUAAGACUUUUGUCUGUGAGGUAUUAAAUUCUUUGCUUUCAUUCUUUCGUCAAGCAUAGAAUCUAAUAAGCACCCCUAUUUAGGAUCAAGUGUUAAAUUGAAAAUUGUACCAAGUCAAAAUUAUAGUCAAAAACAAGCAAUUUUUUGUAGUUUCUAAGUCUAAAACUCUCAGGUGAUACAUUUUAAUGUCACUAUAAUUUUCAAUUUAACAUUAUUUGUAUGUAGACGAGUGUAUACUAUCUCAUUGAUAUUUACAUGUACUUUUAUAUUAAAAUUUUAUCCAUUCACUUGA